UAACAGUUCUAUUACCAGACUUAUUCGGCGAGACAGCUUUUAUCAAAUCCUACACUGAUAUUAAAUAUUUUUAUACAUAUACUUAAAGGAACAUUUCACCCUCUAAUAGAUUUGAGGGCACAUUAAAUAUGUUUGAUAUUGACAUAUCACCAUUCAUAGGAAACGGUUCUAUGGAAUAUGUGACAAUGCAACCGACAGUCAGGCCCGUGAAGAUGACGCUCGGUCCAGUGAGCUCGUCCAUGCGCUCAGGUUAUUAUCUGCACUAAUCCUAAUCCUCAUCCUUUGACCCAGGUUCAGGUCAGGGUCGGGAUCCAGUCGUGUUCUCCUGAGGCUACAACUAGGACAGCAACUGAAGCUUUUAUAGAUUCUUUUCUAGAUCGAAGAGUAAAGGAAAAAACAAAACACUUUCCCAAUAAGUUUAUAAUAUAUUAGAGCCCUGUUGUUCUGAAGAGGAUCAAGUAACCUUCUGACACAUUGUUUCCUUGGUUUGGAGGGAUAGGGAAGGGAAGGUGAGCGCUCACUCGGUUCUUUUUUCAGGCACCGACAGGAAAUUAUAAAAGUAAUGGAAACUACGGAAGAGUAUUAGGCCCUAAUACUCAUCAAAUGAAAAAGGGGGAAGAUUUUUUAAAAUUUUGUUAACAUAAAUAAAGUCGAAAAUUGUGACCAGGAAGCACUUUUCAGCCGUACCUAACAACCGGAUGUUGAUGUUUUGUUAGCCAGUUUGCUAAGCUAACGCUAGCUGCUAACCAAGUUGUAAAAGUUGCCAUAUUAUUAUUGACAGGCUGAAUGUGGAAGAAACGACGCGGUGACAACGGGUGUUUGCACACGAACGUCGACGUGUGUUCUGACACCAUAACGUUCAACUGAAAACAAACGUUAAUGAAUUUUGAGAGGCGUGCAGCUAGCAAAGCUAGCAAAGCUAGCGUAGCUACGCUAACGUUAGUUAACAUGGAUGUGUGACAGAUGAACUGGAACCACAACACGGACGUUCAAUGGUAUUUCGACAUUAAAUCUGGACAUUUUGACUUUAUAGACGAAAUGUUAAAUAAAUAAAUAAAAAACUUCCCCCUCAUUAUGACCUAAUACUCUUCCAUAGGAAACACAUCAUCAUAUUUUUCAUAAUUUCCACCUAACAGGGAUAUUUUCCAGUGUGUGGACACAUUUAUCUCAACUGUUGCUGCUGGGGUUGUAAAAGGACGCAUGUUGUGUUAAAUAGAUAUUUGUGCGAAUAUAUAUUACAGAUGUUUGGAUCAAUUUGGUCUAAAGUCUGUAGCAUAUUCAAAAAACUGAAUCACAAGUAGUACUGACAUAUAGUCCAAAAACAGGCAAUAAAAGUAUCUAGAUAUUCAAACCUCUACGUUUUUUAGGCUCUGGUAAUGUUUUUUGUUAAUGUUAACAGAGUGACACAUCCUCCCAAACACACACGAUCUUUGAACGCGAUCGCGACACAACGCAUUCUUCGAGCUCCGCCGUUGCCACGGAGACCGUAGCAUUACACACUCGCCACACUUUUGGAUAAUUCAUGAAAAAAGGUUAAAUAAACUCACAGAUAAAAAGAAGAAAAGAUGUCCGGAUCCGGGGAGCGGGCUCUUCUGCAGCUGAACCUGCGCAGGGACACGUGGUGUCAGGUGGAGGUGAACCCCCGCCAGGCCUGGGACAGGACCCAGAGGAAGCAUCACCGCGGUCACCUGCGGACCAGCCCGGCGCUCCUCGCCGCCAUGACGAGGGGGGGCCCGCCGCCAGGGGGGGCCCGCCGCGACCCGCCGCCCCCGGCCAGGCUCCCGGAGAGAAGGCACUUCGAAGAGAGCUAUAAAUCUCACCUGGUGUAGACGAGCGCAGCCGGACAAGACGACACAUUCUGUACAAACGUUACACUCUGUUGUUUUAUUUCCAUAAGCAGUGUUGUGCAGCGGUUUCAAGAAGAAUACGACAUAGCAAUCAUUUUUACAAAAAAUGUGUAAAAGUGCUCACCUACUCACGCGCUCCUCAUCUCUCCCUCCGGGAUGUGUUUGUUUUGAACACACUUGUCUGUCGCUUGUGAAAUAUCACAACAACUAUUGCAUCAUAAUCGUUGUGACACAGUCAUCCAGGAAUAAAAGUUUAUGAUUAUUAUAAUAAUAA